AAAAUGAAAAAAAAAUCUCUCACAACAAAUAUUUUAAACUUUUGCAAUAAAGUAAGUUACAUUUGGCACACAACACAUAACAAUGGCUACAGUUGCAACAACACAACCAUGUUAUUCAUCAUGGACUCGUGGUUCAAUUCCUAUCCAACGACGUCGUUUCAGAGGCAAAACCAACCUUAAACGUCUCAAAAUUCUUGCUGCUGUGGUGGAAGAAACAACAUCUUCAAGUAACAUCGUACCUUUGGUUAGAAAUGGAACAAAUCGUGUUCUUACACUUCCAUUGAACCGUGCUGAUGAUAUUCAAGCUGAGGCUAGAGCUAUGACACGUGCUAUUAAUGCUACUUUGUAUAGUCCUGAAUUAUUGUCUUCUAAAUAUGGGUCCCAACGCAUCAAGGUUGUACAAAGGGCUGUUGAAAUUGUGAGUGCUUUGGGUUCAUUUGGGUUGAAGUUGUUUUUAGAGCAAAAGAAUGGGACACUUGAUAAGAAUAAAAAGGCACGUGCUACUGAAUUGAAGACCAUAUUCACACAGCUAGGACCAACUUUUGUGAAGUUGGGUCAAGGAUUGUCUACUAGGCCUGACAUUUGCCCACCUGAAUAUUUGGAUGAACUCUCUGAGCUUCAGGAUGGGUUGCCUACAUUUCCCGAUGAGGAGGCCUUUGCGUGCAUCGAAAGGGAAUUAGGAGUAUCCCUUGACUCUAUUUUUUCUUCUAUAUCACCAUCACCAAUAGCUGCAGCUAGUUUGGGUCAAGUUUAUAAAGCUCGUUUGAAGAACUCGGGUAAACUCGUGGCCAUCAAGGUUCAACGUCCUAGCAUCGAGGAAGCUAUAGGAUUGGACUUCUACCUAAUUAGAGGUCUUGGGGGUUUCAUAAAUAAAUAUGUAGACAUAAUCACCACUGAUGUUGUUGCUCUUAUUGAUGAAUUUGCACGCAGAGUUUUUCAAGAGCUCAACUAUGUCCAGGAGGGACAAAACGCAAGGAGGUUCAAAAAAUUGUAUGCUGACAGGCAAGAUAUUUGUGUUCCUGAUAUUUUCUGGGAUUAUACAAGUGCUAAAGUACUGGCAAUGGAUUGGGUUGAAGGAGUCAAACUAAGUGAGCAAGAAGCUAUUGAGAGACAAGGAUUGAACGUCUUGGAUCUUGUGAACACUGGCAUACAAUGCAGCCUGAGACAACUACUUGAGUAUGGAUAUUUCCAUGCCGAUCCUCAUCCUGGUAACCUUUUAGCAACACCUGAUGGAAGGCUUGCUUUUCUUGACUUCGGAAUGAUGAGUGAGACGCCGGAAGAAGCAAGAUCUGCCAUAAUUGGCCAUGUUGUUCACCUGGUUAACCGGGAUUAUGAAGCUAUGGCUCGUGACUACUAUGCUCUUGAUUUCCUUUCACCUGAUGUUGAUGUUUCUCCGAUUGUGCCGGCACUUAGAGACUUUUUUGACGAUGCCCUUAAUUAUACUGUCAGUGAACUUAACUUCAAGACACUAGUGGAUGGUUUGGGGAACGUUUUAUAUCAAUUUCCAUUUAAUGUCCCAGCUUACUAUGCUUUGAUAUUGAGGUCUCUCACUGUUUUAGAAGGUUUAGCACUUAAUGCUGAUCCCAAUUUUAAGGUGCUUGCGGCCUCAUACCCAUAUUUUGCUAAAAGGCUUUUAACAGAUCCAAAUCCAUAUCUAAGAGACGCUCUUAUUGAGCUGCUCUUCAAGGAUGGGAAGUUUAGGUGGAGUAGACUUGAAGACUUGCUAGUCCAGGGCAGUAUGGACAGUGAUUUCUCUGCUAAAGAGGCCCUACAACCUGUCCUAAAGGUAUUAUUGAGUCCUGAUGGUGAAGUUAUCAGGACUCUUGUUAUCAAAGAGGCUGUGCGCGUAUCUGAAGCUUUUACUCUCAGCUCAAUUUCUGAUUCAUACAAGUCAGUUCCUGGUUUUAUGAGGACUCUUGUUUUCAAUGGCAAUGCAAAUGGUCCCCUUAUGAUGUCAGAAUCUGAAAUGCUAAGUAUGAUAGAACUUAGGAAUCAAGUAUCUAGAAUAUGGGGACUUUUGCAAUCCUCCAAUGAUUUUGAUCCAGCUCUUGUGCUACCUAUAUUCCGGGUCCUUCAGCAACCUGAGGCACGCAGACUUGGGGGAGGUGUUAUGGAUGGGAUCACUCAACGUCUCGUAGCACGAUUUCUGCAGCAAGUACUUCGAGUUCCAGCUACAGCUUCUACAUAGAUCUUGUGUCACUCUCAAAAGACAAUAAAUGUCUAGCUAAGGUGGUUGUGAACAAGUAAAAGGAGUUACUUUACAAACACAGAAGGAAAAAAAAAGUUAAUUCUUCCAAAAUUGUUUGAUUACUUUGUUCUUUUGGGAUGGUACAAAAGACUGUAUAUAUAAGUUACUCAAUAUUAUUGAUGCUGAUCUAUCAUGAUCAAUAUCAACAGAUAAUAAUAUAAUGUAAUAUCAAAUGGAAAUGCAUUUUUCUUUCACA